GUUAAAGCUGCAUCCCGUCGAGUCAAGCAAGGAGAAUAGCUUCUUGAAUCCAAGAGUAUGAACAAUCUCGCAAACGUGAGCGUACAUUCCGAUGCCUACUGAAAGAACGGCUCCAAAACCAAACAUUGGGAUACGAUUUCAGACAGGCACCGACUCACUCAUUUCGAUGCCAUACAGAGACAGUACGAAACGUAUUUUAAAGGAAAGGCAACGCGCAUAGAAAGACGGGAGCACUUCAGCGUUGUUUCUUGUGCUACGAGAGAGACUGGAUUGCAAAGUGUCCAGUUUCAGCAGAACCGUGGCUUUUCCUGGCGUGGCAUGUGCGAGGACUGAAACGGAUCGCUUUGAACUCCUGCUUUCACCCAAAGAGGGUUCAAUGAAAAUGUCCGUCUACGUCCACGAGAACCGCAAGUCCCGUGCCAGCACGGGAUCCAUGAACAUCUACCUGUUCCACAAGUCGUCGUACGCCGACAGCGUGCUGAUGCACCUGAACGCGCUGCGCCAGCAGAAGCUCUUCACCGACGUGCUGCUGCACGCCGGGAGCCGCUCCUUCCCCUGCCACCGGGCCGUGCUGGCCGCCUGCAGCCGCUACUUCGAGGCCAUGUUCAGCGGUGGCCUCCGGGAGAGCCAGGCCAGCGAGGUCAACUUCCACGACUCCAUCCACCCCGAGGUGCUGGAGCUGCUGCUGGACUACGCCUACUCCUCGCGGGUGAUCAUCAACGAGGAGAACGCCGAGUCGCUGCUGGAGGCCGGCGACAUGCUGGAGUUCCAGGACAUCCGGGACGCCUGCGCCGAGUUCCUGGAGAGGAACCUGCACCCCACCAACUGCCUGGGCAUGCUGCUGCUGUCGGACGCCCACCAGUGCGCCAAGCUGUCGGAGCUCUCCUGGGGCAUGUGCCUGAGCAACUUCCCCACCAUCUGCAAGACGGAGGACUUCCUGCAGCUUCCCAAAGACAUGCUGGUGCAGCUGCUGUCCCACGAGGAGCUGGAGACGGAGGACGAGAGGCUGGUGUACGAAUCGGCCCUCAACUGGGUCAACUACGACCUGGAGAGGAGGCACUGCCACCUCCCCGAGCUGCUACGCACCGUCCGAUUGGCCCUGCUGCCCGCCAUCUUCCUCAUGGAGAACGUCUCCACCGAGGAGCUCAUCAACAAGCAGGUGAAAAGCAAAGAGCUGGUGGACGAGGCCAUCCGGUGCAAGCUAAAGAUCUUGCAGAACGACGGGGUGGUCAACAGCCUGUGCGCCCGGCCCAGGAAGACCAGCCACGCCCUCUUCCUCUUGGGCGGUCAGACCUUCAUGUGCGACAAGCUCUACCUGGUGGACCAGAAGGCCAAAGAGAUCAUCCCCAAGGCCGACAUCCCCAGCCCUCGCAAGGAGUUCAGCGCCUGCGCCAUCGGCUGCAAGGUGUACGUGACGGGGGGCCGGGGCUCCGAGAACGGGGUCUCCAAAGACGUUUGGGUCUACGACACCUUGCACGAGGAGUGGUCCAAGGCCGCCCCCAUGCUCAUCGCCCGGUUCGGGCACGGCUCGGCCGAGCUCAAGCACUGCCUCUACGUGGUGGGCGGGCACACGGCCGCCACGGGCUGCCUGCCGGCUUCGCCGUCCGUCUCGCUGAAGCAGGUGGAGCAGUACGACCCCGCCACCAACAAGUGGACCAUGGUGGCCCCGCUCCGGGAGGGCGUGAGCAACGCGGCGGUGGUCAGCGUCAAACUCAAGCUCUUCGCCUUCGGCGGCACCAGCGUGAGCCACGACAAGCUCCCCAAGGUGCAGUGCUACGACCCCCUGGAGAACCGCUGGGCCGUGCCCGCCACCUGCCCCCAGCCCUGGCGCUACACGGCCGCCGCCGUGCUGGGGAACCAGAUAUUCGUCAUGGGAGGGGACACCGAGUUCUCCGCCUGCUCCGCCUACAAGUUCAGCAGCGAGACCUACCAGUGGACUAAGGUGGGGGACGUCACGGCCAAGCGCAUGAGCUGCCAGGCCGUGGCCUCCGGGAAUAAACUCUACGUCGUGGGCGGCUACUUCGGCACGCAGCGGUGUAAAACCCUGGACUGUUACGACCCGACGUUAGACACGUGGAACAGCAUCACCACCGUGCCGUACUCGCUCAUCCCCACCGCCUUUGUCAGCACCUGGAAACACCUUCCUGCGUAGAAGGCGUGCUCCACCGAGGAGAUUUCCCAUUUUUGUUUUCUCAACACAUCUGCUAGAUGUCAACUGUGAAGAAGCACACUUUAUUUUUUGGCAUGAAGGAUAAACUAUUGAAACAAAAAAAAAGAGGGGGGGGGGUCGUUUCUGCGUGGCGAAGAUGAUGGGAUUGCAGUGCGAUUUUGACUGCGCUCCCGGGGUAGAACAUGAAGGACUGACCCCUCUCCUCCACACUUUUAUCGCUUGGCAUGCUCCGGGCAUUGAUCUUAAUACAAGCGAGGAAGAACUGGCUGGGGCUAAAGCUCUUUCUAAUUGAGGAAGGGUGCUGGAGGCUAAUUGGCCUAUGCCAGGAAGAAGAUUAAUGGAGGAGAUUUUUUUCAUUAAUGGACUAGGACGUACAUGAGCGGGGUCUUUCUUGUCUCGCGUUGAGAGGACUGGAGGGAGAUUUGAAAUGGCUGUCACCCCACGCUGCCACAAUUUCCAAGGGCCAGCGGCAGCUGUGUUGGGCUGGAGCUGAAUCAUGUCUUGACAUGUCAUUUAGAGCAAACGUACAGACGGACCUUUGCAGCCGCUUGCAGGAAGAGGAAAUAAGCUCUUCUUGUAGGUGGGGGAGGGGACUGGGAUCCACCCAGUCAAUGACAGAAAAAAAAACAGAAUGCAAGAAAGUCUUAAGCCUUAAAAACUGGCUUUAAUGUAUGUUCUAGUCUUUAUUUAUGAUGAAAAUGUGCUUUGUUUAUUCAAAGAAUAUUUGGUUUGGGGGGGGUUGGGGGGAUAAACAUAAUUUAUUAUUUUGCUGCUUGUGUUGGCCCACAAUCUUGUUUUGUGCCAUGCAUGACCAGCUUUUUUGGUAGUUGCUGCUUGUUUUGAUUGGGCGGCUGUGUUUGCACAUUACGAGUUUCUCUGCUGCGGAAACGUUUUCUGAUUCCUGUUUGCAGAGGAGCUGCAAGGCUACGUGUGAGAGGGCGGGACUGUGGCCGCGUCUUGGGAUUGGUCCAGACUCUAGAUUGACAUGGAAGGAUUAUAAGUUCACAGUCAUGUCCCUUAACAAGUGACCCUCCAGUUUUGUCCAGUGUUUUUAAAAAGGGACUUCUCGACCAGGGAUGCUCCUGUCCAAGUUCUUAGGUUUUCAGAUGAGUGCCAAAUCUAGCACAACUGAUUCUGUGAACGCUGAACUAGGUUUUGAAUCCUAAAUGUACAUCCAUAUAAAAUCAUCACACUGUAAAAGGACCCUGCUGUGUCUGUAAUCGUCUUUGUCAUUCCAUUAUGAAGUUGCUGAUGCUGAUGCUGGGUUUGCCACCUGGCCAGUAGUUUUUCAGCCUUAUUAUCAUUUUCAGUGACAUUGAUGUCCAUAUGGGUAAUUUUUGAAUGACAGCCAGUAUUUUCAAGCCUUUGAAUGCAUCUGUCUAAAAUUAUUGUCAUAAUGCACCAUUACUUCAGUCUCCUCCACGUAAUAUAACUAAUAAUGCAAAAAUUACUUAAAUGGGACUUUUAAAUUGGGGGAAACAGGCAGCAUUUUUAGAUGGCAAAGAUGACAAACACAAGUUGGUGAAAUGAAAAACUACUAUGUUUUGAUGUCCAUAAAUGAAAUGUGUAUGCUAAUCAAAUGAGGAUCUGACAGAAUCUCUAAUUUGGUUCUUCGCUUCUUAAUGAAAAAUGAUGCGAUUUGUUUUUUAAAAUUUUAUUUAUUUAUUUUUUUACCUUGGCUCAGUCAGUUGUCACUGAUGUGCUAAUUGCACAUCCUCCACAACAGUGAGGUUGCAAGUCCAUUAUCGCUCAGUUGCCAACUGCUGCAGGAAUCUUUUUAUCCUGUGGGCUUUUAUCCUGAGAAGUCCACUUAUUCUGUCACACAGCAAGUCUAAUGCCAUUGCUUGGAAUUCAGUGGUCUUCCUGUAGCAGGAAAAAUAUUUAUUCAAAUAUUUAUAAUUUUAAUUGGGCUUUCUACUAGCUGUACAAAAAUCAUACUGGAGCUGAUUUGUCAGAUAGAGGUGUUCUAAUAAUGGCAGCAUUGCAUAGCAUUUUUUGUUGUUGUUUACCACCACAUGAUAAUUCUACUUCAUGAAGUUUGAACACUCAUAACACCAUCUUUACCAAAUCCACAUUCUACUCCACUCCGCUGCCACUGGUGUUCGCCUUGUCCGGUGCAACACUUAGUAUUUGGUAGUUUUCUUUUUUUUCCUCGCCAAGUCUGGGGGAGUGCAAAAUGUUACUGAAAAAGGGAAGUUAUUCCUCAGAAUCCUGCAUUCCAUGCAUCGUUAACCUCAACCUUGCCUUCUCCCCCCUCCCUCUCUUACAAACUGUGUCAAACACAGAUAAUCAGGAUUGUUCUGCACAUGACUGCGGGCGGUUAGCGAUCGCCCUUUGUGGGAGGCCCAUGCGCGUGUUCUGAGAAAUGUAAAGUGGCGGAUAUCUCGGCGAGCGGCUCCGUUACGCCGUGGCUCUGCUUCUGUGUUGCUGUUGUCUGUUCUCCUUGUCUCAUGGUGUCUUGUGUGCUUGCCUGGUCCUUGUCCGGUUUUAUCUGGCCGUGUUUCGCUAAUCUAAGGCAAAUCCAGCUUCGGCUAUGUCUCCUGAGUGCCAUUAAUUGUACAGAACUACGUGUUACAUGGAGAAAACGUGUCUGAAGAAAACCUGUACGCGCAUCAAGCAUUUGGGGGUUUGUCAGCCUUCGUAAUUCAUGCUUAUUUUUUAGCAGGAUAUGCAUGAUGCGGACAUUGUGGGGGGCGGGGGGAUGGGGGGGGGGAGCAAUAUUUAAGGUGAGAAAGACCUGACCCAGAUCUGAUCACCUGCAAUUGUACAAUUUUCUUCUGCAGUGCUUGCACUGCACUACACUACACUGUCUGUGGAAGCCUCUUCAUCCUGACAUUGUACAGGAUUCCUGUGUGGUAUAAUGGAUGAGGGAAACGCUGGCAUGCUGUACAGCCCCUAAUUCCCACCGCUAGCACAACUCACUGGACGCCGCACUUCAGAAUCUCGGAAUCAGAUAAGGGAGUGCUUCCCUUUCAGCACAAGGGUUGCCAUGGUAACACCCAACAAAGAGCCACCUUCCAGUUCUAGUGCGAUUGUGGACGGUCUCGUCGGCCGCAGUCUGACACUCGCUUGAAUUAGACUGAUUGGAAAUGAUUAUAUUGCUUGUGCUCUGGCUGAGUUCGACAUGCUGUGUGCAGUCAUUAAAAACAUGUUUAGUGCACGAAACAUGACGACGCUUCAAUGUGGGAUUGUUUUCAUUUUGUUUGGGUCAAAUGUUUUUUUUUGGACUACUGCAAUUAAACAUUUUGUACUCGUGGAUUUUUUUCACAGUGUGAAAUCAUGGCUAAUAAACAAGAGUUUUUCCUCUUUA